CGAUGCAACAUCGAAAUAACACCAAGCAAGCAGAACGACGCGUCUUCUUCUUGUGCUUAUUGUCAAAGCAAAAUUGACCAAAACAGGCGGUCGAGCAUUUCCAUCCUGUUUCUCGUGUCUCGACAGAGCCGUGACGCGUCUCGGUGAGGGCGGCGCGUGCCCCGAGUUCAUGGCGUCGGUGUUCGCUUCUCUGACCGCUCCGUAUCAAAGUGGCAGUAACUGGUUUCGGGUGCAUGAGGAUGGCAUUUCUUUCCCUCCUGCCCGCAGUGGGAGGGAAACCAAGGGCCCGCGGCCGUUGAUGGCCAUGUGCAUACGCUUGCUGGCAGACAACAUCAAUGCUGCACCGAGGGCCUCGAUCAAAUGCCUCCCUGAAAGAGUGAAGUGGGCUAUGUGGAAGGAGCUCCAUCCAAGGUCCAUGCCGCUCCAUGUCUGGCACAUACUUGCGCCUAGCCUUCUGGAGGAGGAAUAUCAGAACGCUACCGGCUGCCUCAACAGCAAGGAGUGGUUAGGAAAAGGUGUGACUCUUCCGAUGGCACUCUACCGCUACUGUCAGGAGAUUGUCGACCCGCCCUGCCCGCUGAGCAUCUACAUCACUCCCCUGCAGCACCUCGAAGACUGCCUGGUGCGCCUCUGCAUCGACAAGGUCGACCGGUAUGAGACUCAUGAGCUCAUUCCGCUCGCCAGACUGCCGCGGCUAGCUGUGUUGGAACUUGUUGAGCACAGCAGAACGAGACAGGUCAUCACAGACCACCUGAUCAGGGGCUGGAGCGAAGUCGGGAAGCAAGGUCAGGUUUUCCCUUCGCUACGUGUCCUGCAAAUAGCCACUCACAACAACACCUGCGCCCUUGCAGCGAACUCGCUGCAUUACAUAUUGAGGUUCCCAGCCCUGGAAGUACUCGACACCUUUUUCAAUAAGAAACGACGGCGGGAUGCAAAGGAUAUCGCUGCUAGCUAUGGAUGGAACGUUACCAAGCCCAACACGAAAGGGGCACUGUUCGUGGCGUAUGCCGAGCCUUACCUUGACGGACUGGUCGAGGUGAAAAUGAGAGACUUCUGGAAGCUGCGCGAUGCGUUUAAAGACGACAGACAGCAGGUAACCUUGGUGGACAUCUCUAUCAAGGAAGGGAGAGGGUCCGACGCAUCUCCAUCAGCCGGUCCACCUCCAACGACCGGUGCUGCCGAGUUCCCUGAAGGUGAGGAGAAUUGUCUGAUGGGCAAGUGGUUUGUCUUUACCGGCCUGCUCAAGACCCUCAGCCGCGAGGAGGCCUGUCUCCUCGUCGAACGAUAUGGUGGCAAGGUUACUGGCGUACCAAGUCGCAAGACGGACUUCGCCGUCGUGGGCAGUGAUGCCGGUCCAAGCAAGCUUAGGGAAAUCAAGGAGCAUAGUAUCGAGACGAUUGAUGAGGAAGGCCUGUUCCACCUCAUCAGGACAAUGCCCGCUCAUGGCGGCGUUGGCAUGAGGGCAAAGCAGCCUCCAAAGAGUGUCAAGCAAUCAGACGGCUCGAAUCUCGAUGAUGGCUGGCGGUCCUUGCUACAAGGCACCCAUCUCUGCGCAACAACCGAAGCAGACGCCGAGGACCAAUUCGAUCUAUUCAGCAAAUGCCCUCUGAACAUGACUGAGGACCAAGCCUUCUGGCUCCUUGGGCUUCUGGAUCAAAAGAACCGUGACGCGGCAUCCAGCAUACAGGCGCAAGUGGAAGGCGUCACGUUGCCGCGAGAGCCAUUUGUGAGCCUCAUGCUGCGCGAUUCGUGCCAUCUCACCAUUCAGCCAGGGACCUGGCUCCAUGAACGCUCCAUCUUCACGCGGCGUCGAGUGUCCCCGGCGUCUCCAAACAAGGAACGGAAUCGCAAACCUCAGACAUCGAGAAUUCCUCGCCAAGACAAUAGGAAGGUGACGGAAUGCCGGCCCCGCAAGCGGCAGAGGACGGCAGCGGAUCUUUUGUCGUCGUUCGGGACUUCUUCGGGCAAGUUGAGAUAAGGCGUGGCACUAGUCAGUUCGACACAAGCGUAUUGUCGUUUCCCGCAUGUGGGCGGCAGGUAGGUUAACCGGCGCAAGAGGACAAGUACCCAUACGGAGGAGAGGCUACAAGUCGGUAUUCUUCAAACAUUGUAGCAAGUGAUGAGGGAGGGCAUGUAUCGAGCAAAUAAUUUCUCUGUUCCCCGAGGAAUGCAGCGAGCUGCCAGAGACAGAGGGUAAGUGCAAGAAAGUUGGUCUAUCCUCCAGUUUCCCCUCCAGAAUGCCAUGGCGUAUGACUUGGACCAGAGUGAAUAUGAAGGAAAAGUUUUAUGUGUUGUGAAGAAAGAAAGAAAAAUGAGAAGCUGGUCGGUGUUCGAAGGGUUUUGAAGGUCUUUGUGAGUGGGGCAAGUGAAAACCAAUCAGACGCGGCCCAGGCCGCCGAGAGCUUCAACUUGAUAGAUGGCU